AUGAAAGUCGCCCAAAGUCCAAAGUCGUCCACAUUUCGUGCGGAGAUCGACCACAUACUCGCCGACCGGAGGUGCUGUCUACCUAACGUUUCGGUAGUACUAUCCUUUUGUAGUGGUUUCGAUCACCGUCUCUAUCGUGCAGAAACACGACCUAGCCACACGAUGGGCAAGAACAUGUGCUAUCAACAACGAAUGAGGAAAGAAGUAUACGACGACUGCGAGGACUCCUUGCGCCAAGGUGACUGGCACAUUGAAGAGGACACUGAAGUGUGA